AAAAAAAAUGCACUCGGCACGUUUGAGGUUGAGUGCAACCUGACCGUCUGCAGAUGGUCAGGGCACGUCAUCGUGAUUGUUAUCUGUUGGUAUGCGCGUGAGGUGUGUGUUCGUGUGUGUGACUCCCUGUGGCGCUUCACCUGGCUAACGCUGCCUAUAAAAGCGAGAGAGACACGCAGGGAGAGGAUUAGGAGGAAGAGGAGACGGCGGCGGUGGUGGUGGUAGUGACGACUCUGGAUGUUGGCCAGGUCCGCAAGUCGUCUUUAACCUCAUCAACGUCUCUCUGAAUCUCAUCGCCUCCCCUCACCUGCUCUCACACCCGCUCGUCAUUCACCUCAUCUCGGCAUCGCGCCCCUCACUCCCUCCGCCAAACGUCGUCACUCACCUCAUCGUUUCUCCCUAGCCCCCUUCAUCUCCCUCAUCUCGUCACUCCCCUCAUCCCCCCUCCACCUCAUCAACUCACCACGUCACUCACCUCGUCGUCUCUCCCUAGCCCCCGUCAUCUCCCUCAUCUCCUCCCCUCUUCACUCGCCCUGCCCUCCCUCCCUCCACCUCGUCGCUUCACCUCGUCACCGAGGAUGGGGCCGCAACUGAGAGGCACGACGCUGCGCUGGAGCGACGUGGAGGCGCUCGCGGGGUUGGUGCGCGCACGCGGCCUCCAGCAGCUCGUGCGGAUCCUCGCGCGGCGGGGACACGGGGACUACCCGUUCCUCUGGGGCGACGAGGUCGAGUACAUGCUCGUCUCCUUCGAUCACGUGGCUCGCAGGGCCCGACUCCUGUUCAACGCAGAGGAGCUGGCCAACGACUUGACAGCCAUGGACGAGGAGGCCAACCCGGGGCACCCGUCGCGGUGGCACCUGGAGUUUAGCAGCUACAUGGUGGAGGGAAUCCCAGCGCAGCCGUACGGAGGCUCCAUGGCCGAGCUGACGAGCGUGGAGACGAGCAUGAGGCUGCGGCGGAGGGACGUGCUGGCUCGGCUGCACGCGAACGAGACGAUAUGCUCCCUCACCACCUUCCCCAGACUCGGCUGCCCGGGUUUCUCUCAGCCUGAGUUUGUGCCCCAGCACCGAGACGGAAUAUUCACGUCACUGUUCUUGCCGGACGAGGCGAUCGUCGGCCACGCGCGCUUUACCGCGCUUGCGAGGAACCUCCGCGAGAGGCGAGGAGAGAAGAUCGUGGUGAACGUACCGAUCUUCAGGGACAGAAACACUCCAUCCCCAUUCAUCGACAAAAUCCCGGACGGUGACGAGGAAGCGGCCAUCGCAAUGAAGGCCGACCACAUAUACAUGGACACGAUGGGAUUCGGCGCGGGAAACUGCUGCCUCCAGGUCACAAUGCAGGCGAAAAACAUAGAAGAAGCGCGACAUAUCUACGAUCAGCUGGCUCUUCUGUGUCCCAUCAUGAUGGCCCUCAGCGCCGCCGCCCCCUUCUACCGGGGGCUCGUGUCGGACGUGGACUGCCGCUGGAGCAUCAACUCCGUCGCAUGCGACGACCGCACGCGACAGGAGAGAGGGCUCGAGCCCCUGACGACGUGCAAGUGGCGAAUCCCCAAGUUGCGGUUCGACUCCAUCGAGAGCUUCCUGUCGCCCGGCGGAGCGAAGUUCAAUGACUUGGAGCUGCCCAAGGACGAGGACGUCUACCUGCAGCUCCUGGACGCAGGCAUCGAUCCGCUGCUCGCUCGGCACUUUGCUCACCUCUUCCUCCGCGACCCCCUCGUGAUACUCUGGGAGAAGAUCUACGCCGACGACGAUGAGAACGAGGACUACCACUUUGAAUGCAUCCAGGCCACAAACUGGAAGACAUUGCGCUUAAAGCCUCCACCGCCGAACACCAACAUCGGGUGGCGCGUCGAGUUCCGGCCGAUGGACGUGCAGCUCACAGACUUUGAGAACGCGGCCUACGUGGUGUUCGUGGUGCUGCUCACGCGCGUCAUCGUCUCCUAUGGCCUCAACUUCCUCGUGCCGCUCUCCAAGAUAGAUCAGAACAUCAGGAAGGCGCAGAAGAGGAACGCGGUGCUGGAUGAGAUGUUUUAUUUCAGGAAGGACAUUCAGGCAGAGAUGGACGCUCCCCCAGCGGACGGCACCGAGUCCGAGGUGGGGAUCCUCAUGAGCAUUGACACCAUCAUCAACGGCAAGGUCGGGGUGUUCCAGGGCCUCGUCCCCAUAGUCUACAGCUUCCUGGAGGACAUGGAGGUCGACGUGGAGACUAGGUGCACGAUCUCCCACUACUUGGAGCUCAUCAGCAAGCGCGCGUCCGGGGAGCUGGGGACGACGGCCCAGCGGCUGCGCGCCUUCGUGAGCGGCCACCCCGACUACGCGCACGACAGCGUCAUCUCGGAGCGCGUCAACUAUGACCUGCUGCUGCGCUGCGACGCCCUGGCGCGGGCGCGGCCCCACGGCCACGGCACGGACCCCUUGCACGAGCUCAGCCACGGUGCUUGCCAGACCGGCUAGCUUACCUCGCUCACCACGCUCACAUCGCACGCCACGCUCAGCGCACUCACCACGCUCACCUCAUUCGCCACGCUUACCUCGCUCAACGUACUCACCUUGGUCACCACGCUCACUAUGCUCACCUCGCUCGCCACAAUCACCUCACUCGCCGCACUCACCACGCUCACCGCACUCACCACGCUCACAAUGCUUACCACGCUCACCUUGCUCCCUGCACUCACCUCGCUCCUUGCGCUCACCACGCUCACCACACUCUGAUAAACCCACAGGCCCCAGGACAGCAGGGACCCUGUGGCAUGUGGGCCAGACGGGGGCCAUGCUUUGUUUUUGCGUGGCCCGUCACUUCACUUCAUAUCAAUUAAUUGUUUUACGGGGCGCUUCACGUCACAUAAUUGUGCAGACGUACUCUUUGGAGGCAACACAUUCAUUGAUACCAACACAAAGGGGUAACUGCCCCUUCACCAGAUAACAACCAAUGGUGGUGGACCACCAGGCUAACUGCACUAAUCACACUGGAGUAGCUACAACUGACAGGACCCCAGUUUGGGUCCAGGUCCACGUGUUGGUGACUGUAGAAAAGGCAUGUCCAAAGUCCGGCCCGCGGUCAGAUUUCAUACGGUCCGCAGCUUCGGUCUUAUAAUGUGUUAUUUAUGGCUCGCUAUCUCUGUCAGAAUAAAUAAAUCAUAAAACUUC